GCCGCCGCGCCAUCCAUGGGGGUCGCGGGCCGCGGCUGCCCCGGGGCGGCCCGGCCGCUGCUGCCGCUGCUGCUGCCGCUGCUGCUCACGGCCGCCGUCCCGCCCGGCCGCGCCCCGGGGCCGCCGGAGGAUGUGGACGAGUGUGCCCAAGGGCUAGAUGACUGCCACACCAAUGCCCUGUGUCAGAACACACUCACCUCCUACAAGUGCUCCUGCAAGCCUGGCUACCAAGGGGAGGGCAGGCAGUGUGAGGACAUUGAUGAAUGUGAAAAUGAGCUCAACGGAGGCUGUGUCCAUGACUGUUGGAAUAUUCCAGGCAAUUAUCGCUGCACUUGUUUUGAUGGCUUCAUGUUGGCUCAUGACGGUCAUAAUUGUCUUGAUGUGGACGAGUGCCUGGACAACAAUGGCGGCUGCCAGCACACCUGCGUCAACGUCAUGGGGAGCUACGAGUGCCGCUGCAAGGAGGGGUUUUUCCUAAGUGACAAUCAGCACACGUGCAUUCACCGCUCAGAAGAAGGUCUGAGCUGCAUGAAUACGAAUCACGGCUGUAGUCACAUCUGCAAGGAGGCCCCGAGGGGCAGCGUCGCCUGCGAGUGCAGGCCUGGGUUUGAGCUGGCCAAGAACCAGAGAGACUGCAUCUUGACCUGUAACCAUGGAAACGGCGGGUGCCAGCACUCCUGUGAGGACACAGCUGAAGGCCCAGAGUGUAGCUGCCAUCCACAGUACAAGAUGCACGCAGAUGGGAGGAGCUGCCUUGAGCCAGAGGACCCUGCCCUGGAGGUGACGGAGAGCAAUGCCACGUCAGUGGCGGAUGGGGAUAAACGGGUGAAACGGCGGCUGCUCAUGGAAACCUGUGCUGUCAACAAUGGAGGCUGCGAUCGCACCUGUAAGGAUACUUCAACAGGUGUUCAUUGCAGUUGUCCCGUUGGAUUCACUCUCCAGUUGGAUGGGAAGACCUGUAAAGAUAUUGAUGAGUGCCAGACCCGCAAUGGAGGUUGUGAUCAUUUCUGCAAAAACACCGUGGGCAGUUUUGACUGCAGCUGCAGAAAGGGAUUUAAAUUAUUAACAGACGAGAAGUCUUGCCAAGAUGUGGACGAAUGCUCUUUGGAUAGGACCUGUGACCACAGCUGCAUCAACCACCCUGGCACAUUCACGUGUGCUUGCAACAAAGGGUACACCCUCUACGGGUUUACCCACUGUGGAGACACCAAUGAGUGCAGCAUCAACAACGGAGGCUGUCAGCAGGUCUGUGUGAACACGGUGGGCAGCUACGAAUGCCAAUGCCACUCUACGUACAAGCUCCACUGGAAUAAGAAGGACUGUGUGGAAGAGAAGGGGGUCCUGCCCACUAGUGUGUCACCCCACGUGUCCCUGCAUUGCGGUAAGAGUGGUGGAGGAGAGAGGUGCUUCCUCAGAUGUCACUCUGGCAUUCAUCUCUCUUCAGGACUGCAAGAGGCCUACUCUGUCACGUGCGGCUCUUCCUCUCCUCUCAGGAGCAAACAGCAAAAAUCAAAUGACUCUGCUUUUGGGGAUGUCGCCACCGUCAGGACAAGUGUAACGUUUAAGCUAAAUGAAGGCAAGUGUAGUUUGAAAAAGGCUGAGCUGUUUCCCGAGGGUCUGCGACCAGCACUACCAGAGAAGCACAGCUCAGUAAAAGAGAGCUUCCGCUACGCAAACCUUACAUGCAGCUCCGGCAAGCAAGUCCCGGGAGCCCCUGGCCGACCGAGCGCCACUAAGGAAAUGUUUAUCACUAUUGAGUUUGAGCUUGAAACUAACCAAAAGGAGGUGACAGCAUCUUGCGAUCUGAGCUGCCUCGUGAAGCGAACAGAGAAGCGGCUCCGGAAAGCCAUCCGCACGCUCCGGAAGGCUGCCCACAGGGAGCAGUUUCACCUCCAGCUCUCAGGCAUGGACCUUGAUGUGGCUAAAAAGGCUCCGAGAACAUCUGAACGCCGGGUGGAGUCCUGUGCAGUGGGCCAGGGCCACGUAGGAAACCAAUGUGUCAGUUGCAGGGCUGGGACGUAUUAUGAUGGAGCACAAGAACGCUGCAUUUUAUGUCCAAAUGGAACCUUCCAAAAUGAGGAAGGACAAAUCACAUGUGAACCGUGCCCAAGACCAGACAAUCCUGGGCCCCUGAAGACCCCAGAAGCUUGGAAUGCAUCUGACUGUGGAGGUCUGUGCCAGCCUGGUGAAUACUCUGCGGAUGGCUUUACACCCUGCCAGCCCUGUGCCCUGGGCACAUUCCAGCCUGAAGCCGGCCGUACUUCCUGCUUCCCCUGUGGAGGAGGCCUCCCCACCAAACACCUGGGAGCCACUUCCUUCCAGGAAUGUGAAACCAGAGUUCAGUGUUCCCCUGGACAUUUCUACAACACCACCACUCACCGAUGUAUUCGUUGCCCGGCAGGAACAUAUCAGCCUGAAUUUGGAAAAAAUAGUUGUGUUUCUUGCCCAGGAAAUACUAUGACUGACUUUGAUGGCUCCACAAACAUAACCCAGUGUAAAAACAGAAGAUGUGGAGGGGAGCUGGGAGAUUUCACCGGAUACAUCGAAUCCCCAAACUACCCAGGCAAUUACCCGGCCAACACUGAGUGUACGUGGACCAUCAACCCACCCCCCAAGCGCCGCAUCUUGAUUGUGGUCCCUGAGAUCUUCCUGCCCAUAGAGGACGACUGUGGAGACUACCUGGUGAUGCGGAAAACCUCUUCGUCCAAUUCUGUGACAACAUAUGAAACCUGCCAGACCUACGAACGCCCCAUCGCCUUCACCUCCAGAUCGAAGAAGCUGUGGAUUCAGUUUAAGUCCAAUGAAGGGAACAGUGCCAGAGGGUUCCAGGUCCCAUACGUGACGUACGAUGAGGAUUACCAGGAACUCAUUGAAGACAUAGUUCGAGAUGGCCGGCUCUAUGCAUCUGAGAACCAUCAGGAGAUACUGAAGGAUAAGAAACUGAUCAAGGCUCUCUUUGAUGUCCUGGCCCACCCCCAGAACUAUUUCAAGUACACAGCCCAGGAGUCCCGGGAGAUGUUUCCAAGAUCCUUCAUCCGAUUGCUACGUUCCAAAGUGUCCAGGUUUUUGAGGCCUUACAAAUGAGUCUGCCCACGUGCCACUCAGUACAGCGUUUGGCCUGUGGGCUGGUGGGAUGCAGCCGUCUGCUUCUGCAGCCAGCAUAGUCGGAUAUCCUGCCUCCAAUAGCAGUGACUCGUUAGAGUUCAAUUUUUAUAGAUAAUACAGAUAUUUUGGUAAAUUGAACUUGGUUUUUCUUUCCCAGCAUUGUGGAUGUGGACGGAGGAUGGCUUUGAGGUGCACCUGCUUCCCAUUGCUGAGGGCGGAAGUCUUGGCUCCAUCAAGGGCUGGCUGAGCUGGACUUCAGUCAGCUCAGGUGAGACUCGCCUGUCCUUCUUGGUUCUCACUCCUCCUCGAGGGGCUGUGCUGGAAAGGAGGCCACAGGAGGGGCUGCCUUGUCUGAAACUUCAGCCUCCUCCAGCCCAGCCCUCCCUAAGGAAGCCCUCUGCACCCGGAUGCAGGCUCUGACCAGGCAGAGUGAGAAAGGAGGAAGGGAAGGAGGGAGAGCCCUCCAGGUGCCACCCACCCACCUGAGACCGGGGAGGACUCUGUUUCUCCACAGUCUCUCCAGCCUGUGUGACCUAAGUUUGAUCCUAGGAGCUUGAGUUCUAAGCAGCGAUCAUUAAAAAUACUUAGAGCAGAAAGAAUUAGAAAUAAAAAGAUAAAAACUAAGCACUUCCACAGACAUAAUAAUGCAGGCCUAUUGACGGCCUUCCUGGUUGCCAGCUUCCCCCUGUAGCAAGUGCACGUGCUGGUUAGCACCUCCAGCUGUGCCUUUAGACCCUCUGAUGGGCACUGCAUUUGGGCCUCAAGGGCUCAGCUCAGAUGUGAUCUUGUUGGUGGAUAAAGAUCUUCUACCAUCGUGAAAAGGAGAUUUCACAAACCCUGAGUCAGUACUGCCCAGAGUCUGGCUCCCACGGUGGGCUUCCCACCACAGGGCGUCCAAGGUCCGGGAGGACGUGGUGCAGAGCAGCCUGUCAGGGCCACCUUCCUUCCUCACUCUCCAAGGUCAGAGACUGUGUCAGCUUGGAGGACAGGAGCAGUGCCACUAACCGUGGUCUCACUCUCUUCAUGGUCACACCACUGCCGGAAGCAGUGACACAGAUCUGGCCUCUAAGUCCCGCAGAAUCAUCUCACUUUUGGUCAGCACAGGGGGGCCUCACAAUCACUUUCUCCCAUGGGAAUUUAAAUUUUCAAUAUUAUUGAAUUUUUAAAAAUUUAAAUCCACAGGCAAAAAUCUCAUUACAUUGAACAAAACAAAUCCUAUCAAACAAACUGCCAUUUCCCUAAUGAAUGGGCUGACGACACACAACCAUAGUCUUUUCUUAUUUCAGUAAAAAACUAACUCUGUACACAAUCAAUUCUCUACAGCAGAGUACUAAAAAAGACAGUUAACAAAUGUUUUUGUAGAAAACAAAGACUAUUUCAUUAUUGUUGAACUCAUUUUUCACCUUGUGGUUUUGUGUUUUUUUAGCCUGUUAGUAACACUGAUUUCUUUUUAAGCCCUAAUCAAAUUUUUCUCCUUUAUUUGGAUGAGUCCUAAAUACCCAUUUCCAAAUUUCUCUUCAAAACUUGGAACAUCGUCAUUUUUUAACAUAAUCAUUAAUGCAAGCACUUGGAGUUUAUAAUACUGGAACUUGGCCUACCUUUCUGAGUCUAAUCGUAAGAUGAAAAGUCAAAUGUAAUAUAACCUGAGUCAGUGACCUGACAGAUGUGGAGGUGGAUGAGCUGAACUGCACCACCUGUCCAAGCACGUUAGUAACUUUGUGCUCACGACUGUCUGAUUCUGUAUUGCUGAGUUCACAAGGCGGCUAGGGAUGGGAGGACACAGGGGGUUGGAAGGAGCCUGGUCUCUGUGAAGCAUCCUCCGGGAAAAGGCCCAUGCACCAGAGCUGUGUUCCUGGUAUGGGCACAAGCCGUGGAGGCCCUCUGGAAGCUUCCUCUUUCUACCUGUCCACCAUCCUAAGAGAUGCUAUGGUCCUGCUGGAAGGCUGACUGACUGGGGCUACUGCUGCGACCUGCUGAACCAAUAAAUAUUUAUCGAACAUCUGCUCUGUGCCAGGCAAUGUUCUAGGCCCUGGGGAUGCACAGUGACAAGAUGGACAAGGUCCCUGCACUCAUAGAGCUUACAUUUUAGAGGGAGGAGACAGUGAACAAAUAAAUUACCAUGAAAAGUAUCAACUAGUAAGUGCUAUGUUGAAAAUUAAAACAGUUUGCUGUAACAGA